CUCUCUUCAGUUUUUAUUGAAACGCUAAACAAGACGCAAUUCUGCAAGCAAAAGAAAAACCAACUGUAAAUUUUUAAAUAAACAAACAACGGUAUUAAAAGAAAAAAAAUAAAACUUGUGAAAAAAGAAUUUUAAAUUGAAAAAGUUAAACAAAAGUAUUAAAAACCAGAAAAUCUCAAACAAAAACUAAGCAAAAUGUCUUUGGUACCACUACUAAGAGAAUUCGAUGCCCUCAAUGAUGUGGAACAAUUGUUGGAAGAUUCUUUUGGACUCGGAAUACAUCCCAUAGACAUCUUCCGUCCCUAUGAACGUCCAUUGGUAUUGCGUCAUCCCAGACGUCGUUAUAAUCCCUACAUUGUAGCAAAAUUCCAACGUCCCGGUCGUGGUAAAUUAGAUGAAUUACAAAAGUCAGAACUACAAGUUCCACAUGUUGGCAAAGAUGGUUUCCAAGUGUGCAUGGAUGUAUCACAAUUCACACCCAAUGAAUUGACUGUCAAAACUGUGGAUCGCACCGUGGUAGUUGAAGGCAAACAUGAGGAACGUGAAGAUGAACAUGGUUUCAUUCAAAGACAUUUCAUACGCAAAUACACAUUGCCCAAAGGUUAUGAACCAAAGGAUGUGGUUUCUACCAUAUCAUCGGAUGGUGUUCUCACAGUUAAGGCUCCACCACCACCCAGUAAGGCUAAAGGCAAGAACGAACGUAUAGUGGAAAUUCAACAGACUGGUCCGGCUCAUUUGAGUGUUAAACAACCCGAAGAGUCUAAACAUCAGGAGAAUGGUGAAGCUGACAAAAUGGAAACGAAAUAAAAAAUACAUUUUUUUUUUUCUUCAUUGACUUUAAUUUUAAGACUUAAUUUUUGUACCAAUUACUUUUUUAACUUUAAGUAACAACUACUGUGUAGUCCUUUAAGUAAAAAACCUAAAUAAAAACCAACAAUUCCUUCAAAGUAAAUUAA